AUGGAAAAUCCUUUGGAUGCUCGAGUGGAUAGUUCGUUGUGCUUGACAGCAGAGAACUCCGAUGUUCCACCUGAUCAAAAAUCAUUUGUCCCUUUAGAAAAUAAUCCUGAGGUCAUGUCGAAGCUAGCUCAUUCGCUUGGACUUUCAAACGCAUUUUCUUUCCAUGAUAUUUUCAGCAUUGAUGAACCAGAGAUGCUUGAGUUUUACUCCAGACCGGUCACAGCUUUGCUCCUCGUUUUUCCAAUCAGCAAAUGCUACGAGGAAUUUCGGAAGCAUGAAGAUCAGACACAGCAUGAUUACGAUCUAAUGGGUGAUCAAGAAGCUGUAAUUUGGUACAAACAAACUAUUCGAAAUGCUUGCGGUCUAAUCGGCAUUCUGCAUGCUGUAAGCAAUGGAGAGGCGCGAAACUUUAUCGAGUCUGAUUCAGAUCUCGAACGUUUCCUCAAAGAAGCCAUUCCUCAAGGACCUGAUCAUCGAGCCAAUCUCAUUUACAAUUUCAAACCUUUUGAGACGGCUCAUGAAGAAGCAGCCAAUCAUGGCCAAAGCGAUAAGCCGAAUGCUGAAGACGAUACUGAUUUGCACUACGUAUGUUUUGUUAAGGAUAAAGAUAAUGUCUUAUGGGAAUUGGAUGGACGGCGAAAAGGCCCUUUAAAUCGCGGUCAGCUACUUCCAAAUGAGGAUUUACUAUCAGAGAAAGCAUUGGAUUUAAGUGUUCGAUCCUUCACAAGACGAGAAGUUGCGGCAGGCCAGGGCGAAUUAAGGUUUAGCUUGAUUUCACUAGCGCCAGCUUGA